GUUUAGUAAAAGAUUGUUUAGUGUUUAUGGCGUAAUCUCCUUUUCGUUAAAAUCUUUUAUUGACUCUAUUUGAUAGCCAAGUUAGAGCAUUGCUUUGGCCACUUUAGCCAACUUGUCGCCACCUCAUUGAACCCAACCGUGGCAGAGUUCAGCGCUUUGGAUUCGAAGGGGUCGAUGGAUGGAUCGUCUCGGAGACGAAGCGAUGGAUGCUGCUGCGGGUAAACAAUGCGGCGUUUGACAAAACUCUAUGCGAAAAAAGCAGACUGGCGCAAAAAAAACAACAGCAGCCGAAGCAGCAACAAUUGAAAUGGAAACGAGCUGCAAUUACAACGGCAACUGCUGCCGUCUGCAGAGUGCAGUGUAAAGUAUUCAGGCAGCAGACUACGGAUGCAAAGUUCCACAACAUUGAAGCCUCUCAGCUUCAGCGUCGGCGGCGGAUAUGGCAACUGGGCUUCAGACUUGCGGCAACGAGAGCAUCUGCAUCUUGGUGGCAGCUGUUGUUUGAGGUGGCAAGUGAAUAAAAGCCACCUCCAAGCCGUCGAGUGGCAUCAGUUGCAGGCAGUGAGCCACCGAGACCCAGUACAAGGACUAAAUCGAACAAACACCCACCCAUUCACAAGAUGAUGAAGCUGAUAGUGGCACUGCUCUCCCUGUGCGCCUUGGCCUCGGCUCGUCCUGGUUUCCUGCACGGCCACCACCACCACUACCCGGAGUACCCCCUGUACCCGCACCACCACCAUGUCGAGCCGCUGCAUGUGGCCAAGAUUGUCCAUCUGCCGCCCGCCAUUUCCCACCAAAGCUCGACCAUAGUGCAUAGUGUGCCGCACCACAUCAUCAAGCCAGUGGUGCUGCCCACCGUGGUCAAAACGGUGGUGCACCCACCCAUUAUCAAGGCCUACCACCCGGCGCCCAUCAUCAAGGCCUACCAUCCCUAUGAUCCCUUCCAUCUUCAUCACCACCACGACUUCCAUGACUACCAUCUGCAUUGAUCCCGAAAAGUAUGACUGACGAUCGAUUUUUACGAUAACUGAUCACCGAUAACCGAUUACGAUGGCCUAUGUAUGCUGUGUAUGUAUGUGUGUGUCGACUGUUGAUGUUGAGAGUCGAAAGAAGCAUGAAGUUCCGCCGAAAGCUGCUGGAAAUGAGUAUGUUAUUUCCCUAUCUGUACAUAAAAGAUAUAAUAUCUGAAAAAAAUGACUAUCUUACUGGCUCGAUUCGAUUGGAAAUGGGUAAUGGAUACUCCGGCUAGUGACGUCAAAAGAGGUCUGCGGUUUGCCAGCCGAUGCGCCCAUUUUCCCCAUUACGGGGUGACAUAAUUAGCAUGUAAUCACAAUUAACCGAAAAAACCAUUCGAUACAUUCGGUGCGGAGGGGCUCAGACAUCGGCUUUGGGUGGCACAUUUCCCAUGGUGACAACACACAGAUACACACACACACGUUGCAUCUACAUGUGGCAACAAAUGCAGUUUUUGUGUUAUGCAAAUCAGUGCAUAAGCAGAUGAUGAAUGGCCAAAGAGAGGGCCAGGAUGAGUAUCUGGUAUUGGCCAAGACAAGUGAUAAAUAGCUGGUGUUGUUGCUGUUGCAUGCACUUUUGCAAGCAGCUUCCCUUUGUCAGCUGUGUGUGAGAAUGCGGCCA